GCUAUAUUCCCUAUAUUCCCUAACGCGGCAGGGAAAACUCGGCCGGAGCGAGAAGCGACCUCGCGCGUCCAUGGACUAUUGACUGGCGACUGUGGCGACUCGUUGCGAGGUAAAGAGCCCGAGGCGCAGAAUUAAGAGGAAAGCCAUACUGGACUACACCAGGCAAAGACCACCGCGCCAACUGGGUACCGCACAGUGGGGAUGACACGUUGACACGGCUCAGUGCGUGGGGACGUGACGUCAACUCCGCAACCAACAUCCGGCACGCACUGGUGGAGAUGCUGCUGGGGCACAAGCGACCUGCAUCGCUGCAGACUGGCGGCGGCGGCGGCGGCAGCGGCGGCAGCGGGGGCGCGUGCGCGCAUCUUGGUAGCGGAGGGGGCGGGAAAGGCCACGUGGAGGAGGAGAGCGCAGCGCCGCCCAAGAAGCGGCGCAAGCGCGCAGGCUGAGGAGCUGGCUGGUGUCUAGGUAGCAGUCCGCGGUGGGGCUGGCAGGGCAUGCGUAGCGGCAUGACAAGUAGUGCGGCUGUUGACAACUGUGCUGCGUCUGGCUGCGGUUGGCUUUGCUGUGGCAUCGCGAUUGCUAGGCACCUGGUUUGGCUAUGUGCCUGUGGAAACCGACCCCGGCUAUGUCCGGGCAAUGAGGUUGUUCGGCCUCAGACUGUGGAGGGGCUCAGCCCCUUUUCCCGUGACCGGGGAACACUUGUUCAGGCAUUGUACGUGGGCGUUAUCGGAUAGCAUGCCGAGUUUAGGCGCUCAGGUGCAUAGCAACUGAUGUCCAGCCCCAGGACUCCUGGAGCCUUCAAGUCCCCCACAUCAGUGACAUCACCAUCAGCCGCUACAAGGGUUGCCCAGAACGCGUAUUGCGUCAAUGUUUUGAUGCAAGACGUUUGGACAUAUGAUGGGAAAACGGAAAUCGGGGGCACGCACACGCGGCACAUCCGGGGCACGACUGCAUGACCACAGCACAUCCGGGGCACAUCGGGUAUCCCAUCCUGGGCACGACCGACCACCCGGAUGAAAAACCUGUGCACAGCAGUACUUGCGCUACGGUCAUGUAAAUACAUUCCGCU